AUGUCCGUCAGUGAGUUCGAAAAUUUACUUCAACAACUGGCUCCCCCGCUGACAAAAGAACAGACACACUACCGUAAACCGAUCGAUCCAGAACAGCGUUUGGCCGCGUGUUUACGUUUUCUAAGCACUGGGGACUCGUACUGCACUAUUGCGUCCAGCUUUCGACUUGGUGUGUCAACUGUGGCUUCGAUAGUGAGUGAAACCUGUGAUGCAAUGUGGCAUUGCCUCAGAGAUGAACAUUUGCCGGUGCCUACUGAAGAGAUGUGGAGGAGUACAGCCAUGAACGAUGGAAUUUCCCUAACUGCCAUGGAUGGGAAACACAUUUACAUCCAGGCCCCUGCAAACUCUGGUUCUCUGUACUUUAAUUAUAAAGGCACAUUCUCCGUUGUAUUGCUGGCCUUAGUUGAUGCAGAUUACCGCUUCCUGGUGGUUGAUGUGGGGAGCUAUGGCAGCAACAGUGAUGGAGGCAUCUUUGCUAAUUCUGUGCUGGGAAAGGCACUCACAGAUGGAACACUGAAUGUCCCCCACCAAGUGAACUUCCAGGUGCUCCUGAGCUGGGAAAAGUUAACCCUGUCAUUGUGGCGGAUGAAGCUUUUCCCCUGAAACCAUAUCUCCUCCGGCCACACCCUGGACGCCGCCUCCCCACAGACAAGAGAAUGUUCAAUUAUCGGUUGUCUCGGGCACGGCGCAUCUCUGAAAAUGUGUUUGGCAUACUCAGUCAACGCUUCCGGGUUUUCCGAAGAACUUUGCAGGUUCAACCAAGUGUUGUUGACCAAGUUGUAAAAGCUGCUUGUGUUUUGUGCCCGAAAGGAAACGGCCAGAAUCAUCCCGCAGAGGAUGACCAAGACUGUGAGCAAACACUACAAGGCUUUGAACAUUGCAGGGGGCAGCGGG